GCCGGGUGCAGACAGGGUGUGCUGAGCUCCGCAUUGAAACGCUGAACACUGCUCAUUCAUAAAGCGGCCAACAUAGCUCACGACACGCACGAGCAGCUCGAGCAGUUGAAGGACGAAGUUGAUAGGCUGGAAGCGAUAAGUAGGCGGGACAAUUUACUCAUAUAUGGCAUACCUGAGUCACGUGACGAAGGUGGUGACGCAUGUAAACAAAAAGUUGUAGACACUCUGAAUACGGUAAGAUCUAAUGAUCCAGUUGUGCUACAAGACAUUACCAGAGCUCACAGGAUAGGGAAACCCGUCCCUGGAAAAGCUAGAACCAUGAUCGCUAAGUUUGUGGACAGUAUGAAGAAGAUCGCAGUACUGAAGGACCGGCCUGAACUUGGUAAACACAACAUUGGAGUAGCUAACGACCUGACCAAGCGACAACGUCAGACACUGAGCCAACUACGAUCGGAGAACAAACGGGGGUUCUACAAGAAUGGAAGGCUGGUUGUGGAGGAUCUAGCACCCUCUGAGAGUCCUGAGGUGACCAAGAGUCCGCCGUCUGCUGAGCGUACGGAUGAAAGAGGAUCACACGCUUUGUCUGGUACAUCUACACAUGACCGUGACCGCGUGCUCAGGUCAAUGUCGAAGGUCAAGUCCACCUCGAGAAAAUAGCAGGGAGGCCAGGGCUUAACAGACAAUUACUUAUCAAUUCUCUCGUGGAAUAUUGGCGGCUUAUCAAACAAAUUACAUGAUAAUGACUUUAUUCGCUUUAUACUAUCAAAUGAUAUUGUUGCUUUUUAUGAGACAUGGACAACUGAUAC